CCCGCCGUCGUCACGGCCGAUCUGAGUCGAAAGACACUCGUCCCCAUCGGAGCCAACGCUGGACUAGGAUUCGAAACUGCAAAGCGUUUCGCUAAGGUGAACCCUGCGCAAUUGGUGUUGACGGCAAAGAAUGAAGCGAAGGGAGAAGAGGCUGUUGCUCGUGUUCUCAAAGAGACUGGAUACACAAACGCGGGGCUAUGGAUUAUCGACGUCGCCAAUUUCAGCAGCGUCAUUGCGUUUGUUGAUAGGGCUGAAAGUGAAUUCGAUCGAUUGGAUAUCCUCGUAGAGAAUGUUGGAAUGACGACCUGGGAGUACGAGCGGCAACUGGAGGAUUGGGAAAGAACGUACGUGGAUUGCUCUUCUCGGAAUCUUGCUUAUCUUUCAAAAUGUGCUGAUUAG